CCUUUCUGCCGCUCGUCCUUGUUCCCGCCCGGAACGACCUGGUCCCUUCCGGUUUCGGUCGCUAUGGCGCUGGCGCCGCUGGGUUCGAUCCUGGCGGCGCUGCUUACGCUUCUGUGGCUGGGCUGGCGCUGGCUGCGAGGACGCGGCGCGGGUUGGGGACACCGAACCCUGUGUGCGGCGGGACCAGCGCGGGCCGAUGACGUUCGUGCCCUGGUCGUGACGGCGCACCCUGAUGACGAAGCCAUGUUCUUUGCUCCCACAAUCCUCAGCCUGGGCAGGUUUCGGGCCCAGCUCUGGCUGCUGUGCUGCUCUUCAGGAAAUUACUACAAUCAAGGGGAGAUUCGUAAGAAAGAACUCGUACAGAGUUGUGCUGUUUUGGGGAUCCCUCCUUCCAAUGUAACAGUUAUUGACCACAGGGACCUUCCAGACGAUCCAACUGUUGACUGGGACACACAUCUCCUCUCUACUUUUGUGCUAAAGCACAUAGAAACCAACAACAUCAACCUGCUGAUAACCUUUGAUGCGGGAGGAGUGAGCGGCCACGCUAACCACAUCGCCCUUUACGCAGCUCUAAGGUAUCUGCACUCAGAGAGGAAGUUACCUGAAGGGUGCCGGGUCCUUACGCUCAAGUCAGUAAACCUCCUCCGGAAGUACAUCUCCAUCCUGGAUGUCCCCAUUAGCUGCCUCCAGUCCCAGGAUGUUCUCUUUAUACUAACAAAGGAGGAGUCUGAACAAGCCAAGAGAGCCAUGCGGUGCCAUCACAGCCAGCUUCUCUGGUUCCGCCACACCUAUAUCCUGUUCUCACGCUUUAUGGUGAUCAAUUCACUUUGCCUUCUGUAAAGGGAAGGAGAAUCAUACACACUUCCAGGGGGGUAUUGAGAGACCAGAGAAGGGAGACAAAGAAAAGAGAGGCUCUUCUUGACCAAGCACUGUUGAUAGCUCUUGCUUCUUUAUUGUCUCAAGAAGAGGACAGAAUUCCACCUUCUGUGUGCCCUGCAGCCUUUCAGAUUGCAGAAACAUACUGUAUUUACAUCCUUCUAGGUGUCCUUUGCCUGACAGCCUGGGAGAUGCCUGGGUUCAAACAAAAAGAAAAGGAGUACUUGUGGCACCUUAGAGACUAACCAAUUUAUUUGAACAUAAGCUUUCGUGAGCUACAGCUCACUUCAUCGGAUGCAUACCGUGGAAACUGAAGCAGACUUUAUAUAUACACAGAGAAUAUGAAACAAUACCUCCUCCCACCCCACUGUCCUGCUGGUAAUAGCUUAUAGCUAUACAAUUACUGAACUCCCAUUGUAACAGCUUAAAUGGUCUUCGAACCACCAGCAAAUCAGAUUGAUCUGAGUCUAAUUACUAGUGAAGUAGAAUUUUGAAGGUGUUUAGAAUACAGCAUGUACUUUAUGUGCUUUUACAAUGGGUGUCCCCAGGGAGACAAGGCCCAGAUCACCACCUGGUGAUUCCUGCGUUUUACCCAUUUCCCUCUGCUGUAAAGAUCAAGCACCAGGAGUGAUUUGUCCAAGGAUACACAUUGUCCCUUGGGGUUUGAACCAGGAUCCUCACAGCCCUCAGGCUAUAACACUGAACCACCCAGGACUGCCUGUCAGUCAGCCAGUUCCUGCUGAUGGAGGGCUGGUUUCUUGACUUUAAAAUGCCAAAACUUUAGGAAUAAAAUAUUAAAAAUUAAUAAUAUAUAACUAAUAUAAUUGCACUGAACUCUUAAUGUUCCUUCCCUCUCGACCCUCCCAGCCACCCUGUGGUGCGAGCUUUACUCUGCUGGACUGUACCUCGUGAAACACUAGUAUUUAUUCCUGCUUCCAAACAAAGUCUUUGAGAUCCGCUGAACCUAAGCUGUUUUUUACCAGGAUGUGCAGGGUGUACAAAUGAAGUUACAAGUGAGAGGACGCCAGCCAGUCCUUUGACAGAAUAAAUAUAUAGACAUAAAAAUUCCAGAUGCACCAUUUGAAAAGCUGCCCCCUUCCUCUUAGCUGCCAGGAGGAAGUGCUGGGUUCUGGGUUUUGCAGCCCACAGAUUCAGCAGGUAAGUGACAGAGAGGCCAAUUUUCAAAUAUGUAUUUGUAAUUUUUAAGUCUACACAGAGAUUUUAGUAAUAAUUGGAAUCUUAAAGGAGAACUUUCACACCGGAGCAAACUAAAUAAUACUCAGCAUUUACAGAGCACUUUGCACUCAUCAUUGAGUUAUUCCUCACCACACCUGUGGGAGAUAGGGAUGUAAAUACUAUAAACCCCAGUGUAAAGAUGGCAUAAGCAGCUUGCCCAAGGAUACAGAGCAAGUCAUUGCACUGCCAGGAUCAGAGCCCAAAUUCCUAGCUCCUAAUUCCUUACUCAAAUCACAACAUCCUCCCAAACAUAGCUAUUAAAAAGAUACUAGGGCAGAACUGUACUCUCAGUACUUAAGCACACAGCUAGGGUUGCCAACUUUCUAACUGCACAAAACCGAACACCUCUGUCCCGUCCCCUGCCCCACCCCCCCACUCACUCCAUCCCCCCUCCCUCCAUCGCUUGCUCUCCCCCACUCUCACUCACUUUCACUGGGCUGGGGCAUGGGGUUGGGGUGUGGGAGGAGGGUGAGGAUGAGGGCUGGGAAUGUGGGCUCUGGGGUGGGGUUGGGAAUGAGGAGUUUGGGGUGUGGGAGAGGGCUCCGAGCUGGAGCAGGGGGUUGGAGUGCGGGGGUGGGGUGGGUGAGGACUCUGGCUGGGGGUGCAGGCUUUGGGAUGGGGCUGAGGAUGAAGGGUUUGGGGUGCAGGAGGGGGCUCCAGGCUGUGGAGUGCAGGAGGGGAUGUGGGCUCCAGCUGGGGCUGUGGGCUCUGGGGUAGGUCUGGGAAUGAGGGGUUUGGGGAGCAGAAGGGGGCUCAGGGCUGGGGCAUGGUGUUGAGGGGUACAGGAGGGAGUUUGGGUGCAGGAGGGGACUCCAGACUGGGGCAGGGGGUUCAGGGUGCUGAGUCCUGGCAGCACUUACCAUGGCUCCCAGGAAGCAGCUGCCAGGUCCCUGCAUCCCCUCGGUGCAUAGGUGGCCAGGGAGGUUCCACGUGCUGCCCUUGCGCUCGCACCCGCAGCCCCCAUUGCAUUAACUUCAAUGGCAGUACUCUUGUGUUGAAAGUUAAACACGUACGAAGAACUUGCUCAAUUGGAGCCUGUUAUGCCAGCAUCAGCCUGGUAUAGCUCUAAAUCCAGAGUAACUUCAGUGGAAUCAAUGGAGAGACCAGUGUAACAGAGCAGAAUUGGGAGACGUUAUUUCACGUAGUACAGUUGUGUAAACCAGGGGUUCUCAACCUUUCUCUUUCUGAGGCCCUCCCAGCAAGCAUGCUAUGAAAACGCCACAGCCCACCUGGGCCACAACAACUGGUUUUCUGCAUAUAAAAGCCAGAGCCGGCAUUAAGGGGUAGCAAGCAGGGUAACUGCCUGGGGCCCCAUGCCACAAGGUGCCCUGUGAAGCUAAGUUGCUCAGGCUUCUACUUCAUCCCUGGGUGGCAGGGCUCAGGGCCCCGGGCUUCAGCCCUGCAUAGCAGGGCUUAGACUUUCUGCCCUGGGCCCCAGUGAGUCUAACACUGGUCCUGCUUGGCAGAACCCCUGAAACCUACUCAUGGUCCCCAGGGGGCCCCGGACCACUGGUUGAGAACCACUGGUGUAAACCAGAUCAUAACGCAACUGGGAUGUGUCUAUACUAGCCAAAGACAAGAUGGUACAAUCUUGCAACAGAUGUAAGAACCUUGUUCUAACUAAUGUGAUUUGAACUCUGCUGCAGAUAGGGGCAGCGUCAGAAUAAGGCAAAGAGGAAAAAUCCCAGCUGUUGGGUAGGUUAUGGAACUGGUGUGGUCUGACAACUGAAUAUAAAAUGAAAGGAGGGAAAAAAACAGGCAGCACAGAAAGAUUUAUUUAAAAAAACAAAAAAGAGAUACUUCCUGAACAGCUCGGCACAGGGGAGCUUGAACUAAGAGGUUACAUGAUGGCCUGCCAAUGGCAGUGCUCCAAGCUGAGCACUUUGGUGCAGAGGCUGUAUCAUGGUUUCGACAUGCUCCUGAUGAUCUUAUGUUCCUUCACGGCCUUCUCCCACUCUUUGCCAUUUAUCUCCUCCAUGAUGGUGCUGCGCAUGGUGCCCUCAUCCAGGCAGUGGGGGGCUAUUCCUGGAGAAGAGGGGGAAAUACAGAGAGAAGCUCUCCCUUUGAAGCCAAGGAGAGCUAGUCUCUCAGUUUCAUGGGCAGUGAAUCUCAGAGGGUGGUGAUGGUGUCGAUACAGCUGCAGCAGGUGAGAAACCGUAGAUGGCCAGUGGCCCAUUGGUCACAGUUAAGACUUACACAAUAAGGAGCUGCUACUGAAAGUUGCAGCUUCAGAUGUUCAGUACUUUAGAAGCAAGCUGUAUGAUGCACAGUUAUUGUGCUACUGCUCUUGGCAGAGUGCUAAUGGUCAUCAUGGUCAGUAUACAAGAGCAGCAGGGGGUGAAUUUGUGUUGCCGUAUGUCUACCAGGUUUCUUCCCUGUUCUGUUUACCUACCAUAACCAUCUGGGUUAGAACGAGGAGUGUAAAAGCUCUGCACACCACAGGUCUUACAGAAUGUGUGCUGGGCGCGGUGCGUGUUGAAGGUGUACGUUGUUAUGUUAUCAGCACCCUAGGCAAAAAAAUACAUGAUGAAGGUUUGCCAAGUACCCAGAAAUGGGUCAUUUUUUGUCACUUACAUUCCACAGGCUUGUAGUUAAUAAAUGUAAAAUUGCAGGCACAAGAACAGAAGCCUAAUUAAGACUAGUCUAAAAUAUCACCUGCUAUGUCUUUAUGUGAGUUAGAGUUAAGAAUACUGCAUGCAUGCUAUUUUGUUCCAUAUAUUUAUCUCCUUCCCCUACCCUCUGUGCUUUAUUUUCACAUACACCUUUCCGCCAGACAAACCUAACAAUUGCCAUGGCUUUACUUUCUGACCACUGAAAUGCAGUCACUGAACUCUCUCUAUUACAGCAGGUCUAUUACAAAGUGCUUAGUUUUUUUUAAAUGCUCCAAAGUAAACAUAAUUGGGGCUUUUCCUCCUAGAAGCAGUGGACAAAUUUCUGUGUUUAUCUGAGACCAUCCAACUAUAAAAGAAAAUCAAAUUAAAUGAUGCUAGAAGCUGAGAAAAAUUAAUCUAAAAGCUACAGUCCUCAGAAAACUUGGAAUCCAAGAGCCUAACCUGGAAUAUGCCCUUGUAACAAUUAAAAUGUAAAAGAAUUAAGCCUGUAAUCAAAAUUUAAAAAUCAAGUUAAGGAAGUCUGAAGCUGAUCUAAAAUAGAGGCAGAAUGCUUUAGAGCAAUGUGCUUGGACCUAAUCCACAGCCCAAUAAGUCAAGACUCACACUGAUUGCGAUGGGCUUUGGCUCAGGUCCUUAGCCCAUUAGGAGUAUGAGUGUGACAGUAACGCUCUUUAUUGUCGUCAGUGUAACACUGACUUAGCAUAUUUACCUGGUGUACACACCUCCUGGGGUGUACAUACAUCCCUGCCUCAUCUUUUGAAGAGAUAUAUUCACUUUUCAAACAUGGAACUUCCCAUUCUGAGACACGUUAACAUACACAUACAGCCAGGCUUCUAGGAUCCAAAUGGAUUUUUCGUGUCUCCAAACACAUCUCCUCAGACAGACACAGACAAAUUUAGGAUACAAAGUUGACCACCAUCUGAAUCUUUCAGAAUCAAAUAUCUUGACAGGUACCCAUACCCACUGCACUCAUAAACCCUAACCUACCUUCAGCAGCUUGAAGUGUGAAGCCGGGACAAUGAAGUGUCUGUUCUGUUUCUUUAUGCAAAUACUGCAACUGUACGAGGGGAAAGAAAAAGAAAAAAACCAUGACUAGUCUAUAGGCAGUUAUAACCUGCAAUGUAACAAUCAUAUCUAGCCUAAAGCUCUCAACAAGUUAGAUUUCACUGAAAACUAUAAUUAUUUUUACCUAGUUGUCAUCAGGGUGGAUAUUAGAGAGACAAGAGAUUCAAUAGAAGUUGGUCCAAUAAAAGAUAUGACCUCACCCACGUUGUCUCUCUAAUAUCCUGGGACCAACACAACUACAACAACAUUGCAAACAUUAGGUUUGAUGACAGGAGUGGACAGACUGCAACUAUGGCAUAUGUAUUUGUGUAUGCGUCCAUUCAGUCCAGAGACUUACGUUUCCCUGUAAUACGGAAAGUAAGCUUAUCAAAACUGAGAGCUAUAUAACUGUCUUCUCUCCACAAUACAACUCUCAGUGGAUAGAUCAAUGCUGAACUGUGGCCUUGAGAAAUCCAUGUAAAGUUUGCCAACUUAAUCCAAAUGCUACCAAUAUUAAUUACUUUGCAAACCAGGGAAACAGAUUUGUAGUGACAUCUGAGCUAGAAAGAAACUAAUUCUGAGUCUGUGGAAAGACCAUACUGAAAUUAGACUAUUUUAUAGGGCUUCAAUAUAUAUCCCUCACCACAUGUUGGUAGUAAUGUGUUCUCCGUUUGAUAAGAGAAUGCCAGGAAAGGACCAAACCCCACGACCUUGAGAGAUCUGUUGGAAAGCAUUUUGUUUUGAUGAUGUAUAAAAUGCAGGUCCUGAGCAUUUCUGGUUGUUAAAACCUUGACAGUUUUUUUACAAGCACAGGUAUGAAUCAUGAAACUGUAGCUGAAUUCCAAUGUAAGUUGUUGCAUUCUGCUUACCUAUAUUUCCCUCUGCAGACCCAUAUGGAGCUGGUAUUCUGCACUCCUUGUUGUGCAGAAUCCUGUUAAACAUCUGCCAUGUUUUACUCCAGAUAUGGCUACAUUUUAGUAUUGGGGUAAGUGGUUCCUGUAUGUAUAGGAGUUUGUAAAAUUCUGUAUAUAUGUAAGAUAUUGUUGUUAAUAAUGAUACUAAAUAUAACACUUUGCAUGUGUUUAGAACCUUC